AAUUUUCCUUCAUUCGAAGAAUAGAAACGCAGAAAGGCUCCAUUCGCAGGGGAUCACGAAGGUCAGAGAGAAACAGAGCUCAUUCUUCGUCUAUCCCUCACUCGCUCCACCAGAUCUGAUCUAGGGUUUUGUGGAGCCCAUUCUUCCCUUCCUCUUCAGCCAUGGUUUCCACCAACAAGAUCAAAUCCGUCGAUUUCUACAGGAAAAUCCCUCGAGAUUUGACGGAGGCGUCUCUGUCUGGUGCUGGAUUAUCCAUUGUAGCGGCACUCGCUAUGAUCUUUUUGUUCGGAAUGGAGCUGAGCAGUUAUUUGGCGAUCAGUACUACAACAUCUGUAAUAGUUGACAAAAGCUCUGAUGGGGACUUUUUACGCAUUGACUUCAACGUCAGCUUUCCUGCACUUUCAUGUGAAUUUGCGUCGGUGGAUGUUAGUGACGUGUUGGGAACUAACAGGUUGAAUAUAACAAAAACAAUUCGCAAAUUUCCAAUUGAUCCACACUUAAGGGCCACUGGUUCGGAAUUUCACUCAGGACCUGUGUUACAUGUCAUCAACCAUGGCGAGGAAACUAAUGAAGAGACUGUUGAUGGUUCUGUAAUGUUAACCGGUGCUAACUUUGAGACGUUUUCACAUCACUAUCAAAUUUUGGUUGUCAAUUUUUAUGCCCCGUGGUGCUACUGGAGUAAUCGCCUGAAACCAUCUUGGGAGAAAGCAACAAAUAUAAUAAGACAGAGAUAUAAUCCUGAAACUGAUGGCCGUGUUCUUCUAGGAAAAGUCGAUUGCACAGAAGAAUCUGCUCUGUGUAGGAGGAAUCAUAUACAAGGAUAUCCAUCCAUUCGGAUUUUCCGCAAAGGCAGUGAUGUUAGGGAGGACCAUGGGCACCAUGAGCAUGAAUCUUAUUAUGGAGAUCGUGACACAGAGAGCCUGGUCAAGAUGGUAGAAGGACUUGUUGCAUCGAUUCAUGUAGAGUCUCGGAAGCUAGCCUUGGAAGAUAAAUCUGAUAACAAUGCAUCGACAACUCUUAAGAAGGCACCAGUUACAGGAGGUUGCAGAAUCGAAGGAUAUGUUCGCGUAAAGAAGGUUCCGGGAAACCUCGUCAUUUCAGCUCGUUCGGGAUCUCAUUCAUUUGAUACUUCUCAAAUGAACAUGUCGCACGUCGUUUCCCAUCUCUCUUUCGGGAAAGUGAUUUCCCCGAGAUUGUUGACUGAUAUGAGGAGACUGCUGCCUUAUCUCGGCCAAAGCCAUGACAGGCUUAACGGACGAGCAUUCAUCAAUCAACGAGAGUUAGGUGCCAAUGUUACUAUCGAACACUACCUGCAAGUUGUGAAAACAGAGGUUAUCACACUGAGAUCCGGUCGGGAACAGAAAAUGAUCGAGGAAUACGAAUACACAGCUCACAGCAGCGUGGCUCAGACUUUCUACUUACCCGUCGCGAAAUUUCACUUCGAGCUCUCUCCCAUGCAGGUGCUAAUAACCGAGAACUCAAAGUCCUUCUCGCACUUCAUCACAAACGUUUGUGCCAUAAUCGGUGGCAUUUUCACGGUUGCGGGAAUACUAGAUUCGAUAUUUCACAACACGAUCAGGAUGAUGAAGAAGGUUGAACUCGGGAAAAACAUUUGAUUGAAAGGUUAGUUUCCGUGAAACUUAAACUAUAAACCCAUAGAGAAGAGCCUCAAUUUUUGGAAAACACAUUGAACUGCUACUUUUGGUUGGAAAAUAUAUAAACUCACACCAGAGAAUUAGAAGAAACUUUGUUCUUUUUUCUUUGUGGCAAGCAUCUCUUCAUGCUUCUCUUUUCUCUGUGGCAAGCUUCUCUCGGGUGUGUUGAAUAAUGUAUUUUUUUUUUACAAAAUUCUCGUUUAAUGCCGAA